AUGUCGGCCCCGUUGCCACCGAAGCUGUGGCUCACCGAGGUGGCGCCCCGCAUUGGGGCGGCCAGCUUCAUCACCGCCGCCGUCACGGUGGAGCGGAUGACCUCCCAGGUGGUGCGUACCUCUGCGGGGCGGCUGCCUUCCCUGACGCCCAAGGACCGGUGGCGCACCUUCCACAGGACCAUCGGUAAGCAGACGGCUGUGGUCUGCGCCCAGUUCACUGGCACACGAGAAGUCAGACUGGCCUUGGACAAUGUGGCGCCGCCCGCGCUGUCCAUCAUGCUGGCCUGCGGUACUGUGGGCGUCCCCUUCUCAUCUCUCCAGUACAACUGGGCCAUUCAGGACACCUACAGGCACUUCCAGAUCGAGCCGCCCUUUGUGCCAGGGCUCCUUGGCUUCCUGCGCCAAAACGUGGCCCCGGGCGUGCUGUGGGCCUUCCUGCGUGCCGGCUGCGGCACAGGCGGCGGCCUCUACUUCGGGCCUGGAAUCGCCGAGCGCGUCGAUGCCGCGGCGGAGGCGCAGCUCGGAGCGCGCCUGCCAGGCCGUGCUUCCAACUUCUUGGCGGGCUUGGGUGCUGGCGCCUGCGGAUCUCUCGCCACCCAGUGGGUUCACAACGUAACCCUCGUGGCUGGCCGGAUGUCCGCCCUGGGUGAAGUGCAUCAGGCCCCACACUACACCACUGUGGCCUUUUCGGCUGCACGGCGCGAACUUGGACUUGGGCUCCUGUAUGCCAACUUCGGGCCAAGGAUGGCCAUCAACGCCGUCACUGUGGCCGUGCUAAACCUGCAGCUUGGCGGACAUGUGGAGCUGCUGCAGCCGCAGCAGGUGAACGCCAUCAUCCGUUCUUUGCGCGUCAGGUCGCUGAAGAAGCCUCGCCGUCUCGUGCAUGAUGACUCGCAGGUCAAGGAGAAGGUGAACUUGCUGAAGUGGCAGGAGGAGAUGGUGAGCUGGGCCGAGGUGGUGGCGGUGGCCUUUCUUGCUGGUGCCCUCACAGGCGUCAUGGGUUGCGUGGCUGCCAGUAUGGCGCCCGUUCCCCGGCGAAGGUGGAGGAGCAAAAUCUCACAAUCUUGA